AUGGCCAACAUUCCUCACGGUGGUGUUCUCAAGGACCUACUCGCUCGCGAUAGUGGUAUAGCUGUGCAAUUAGAAGAGGAGGCAGCCUCACUUCCUGAUCUCACUCUGACUGAGCGUCAACUUUGCGAUCUCGAAUUGAUUCAAAAUGGUGGUUUCAGUCCACUAGAAGGGUUCCUGAACGAAAAGGACUACAACAGCGUCGUCGAUACUCUACGAUUAUCCGAUGGAACGUUAUUCCCGAUUCCCGUCACUCUUGAUGUCUCUAAACAGGACAUUGAACGCCUUCCGAUCGUUACGGGAACACGGUUAGUGUUGAGAGAUCCUCGUGACGAUGAAGCCCUCGCAAUACUCACAGUUGAGGACAUAUAUGCCCCCGACCUCGUCAAAGAAGCUGUAAAGGUUCUUGGUGCUGAUGACCCGGCACACCCAUCUGUGGCCUAUCUUCGUAACAAAGUGAAAGACUUCUAUAUUAGUGGUAAAAUUCAAGCCAUCCAUGCACCAGUGCACUUUGACUACGUCGAAAAACGAUAUACACCGGCCGAACUUCGUGCUCAUUUCAAGAAACUAUCCUGGAGGAAAGUGGUUGCUUUCCAAACUCGUAAUCCCAUGCACAGAGCACAUCGUGAAUUGACGAUCAGGGCUGCUCGACAACAUCAAGCGAACGUUCUUGUUCAUCCUGUCGUUGGUUUAACUAAACCGGGCGAUGUCGAUCAUUACACUCGUGUCCGAGUGUACGAGGCUAUCAUGGCCAAGUACCCCAACGGUAUGGGCCAUCUUGCUCUUCUACCUCUGGCUAUGAGGAUGGCCGGCCCCCGUGAAGCCGUUUGGCAUGCAAUUAUUCGAAAGAACUUCGGUGCCACCCAUUUCAUCGUCGGCAGAGAUCAUGCUGGGCCAGGAAAGAACUCACAAGGACAAGACUUCUACGGGCCAUACGACGCACAGGAACUUGUGACGAAGUACCAUGAUGAGCUUCAGAUCGUGAUGGUCCCUUUUCAAAUGAUGACUUACGUUCCGGCGACGGAUGAGUACCAACCCAUUGAUGAGGUUCCCAAGGGCACGCAGACCUUAGACAUCUCAGGAACUGAACUGAGACGGCGGUUGAAGACCGGAGCUCCCAUCCCCGACUGGUUCAGCUAUGAGGCUGUCGUCAAGUCGCUUAGAGAGAGCUACCCCCCUCGAAACCAGCAAGGUUUCGUUAUUUUGCUCACGGGACUUUACAACUCUGGCAAAGAGAAGAUUGCCAAGGCAUUACAAGUUGCCUUCAACGAGCAAGGUGGACGCAGUGUGUCUCUCCUCCUCGGUGAUGACGUUCAUGAGGAAAUUUCAAUAGGUCAGUCAUAUACUCCUGAGGAGAGGAGCCGUAGUCUCCAAAGAAUUUCCUUUGUGGCGGCAGAACUGGCGCGAGCUGGUGCUGCUGUCGUCGCCGCCCCGGUUGCUCCUCAAGAAAUAGGCAGAAGACAGACGAGAGAUACUGUCGUGCAAUACGGGGGUGCAGGCGGCAAUUUCUUCCUCAUUCACGUCGCCACGCCUUUGGAACACUGCGAGAAGACUGAUCGUAGAGGAGUGUAUACGAGGGCACGUAAGGGGGAAAUCAAAGGCUUCGUGGGAGUGGAGGAAACGUACGAAGCACCCGCGAAGUCGGAUCUAGUCGUCGAUGCAUCGAAGCAAAGUCUGUCAGAGAUAGUUCACAGUAUCAUCCUGCUGCUCGAGACGACCUCAUUGCUCUGA